AUGACAUCAAAAUCAGCCAAGAAACCAGUGCGUCUGAUUCUUUUUGACGUGUUUGAUACACUAUGUACCCCGAAGCAACCUAUACAUGAACAGUAUUACGACGAAGCCAUAAAAGGUGGACUUUCAGCCGAUGAUAUAAGCCCUUCAAGUGUAAGAGCGGCGUUCAAACCAGCGUUCAAGGCUAUCGAUUCGAAGUGGCCAUUGUAUGGUAAACAUUCACUACCAGCUUUGACGCCUGAGGAAUGGUGGACGAAGAUCAUACAUCAAACAUUGUUAGAAGCAGGAGCACCUAAAGAUGAUUUAGGUGAGAAAAUCUCCGUCAUCGGACCAGCAUUGAUGAGUCGGUUCGAGAGUGAUAAGGGUUAUAGGAAUUUUUCAGAGACUAUCGAAACUCUCAGUCAGCUUUGCGAGCUAGGUAUCAAAACUUCCAUAAUUUCCAAUGCGGAUCCUCGUAUACUGAAAACUCUUGAUUCCCUCAAGAUCUUACCCCUACUUACAUUUCCGCCUACGCUCUCAUGGGAUGUGGAAUAUGCCAAACCCUCAAAGGAAAUUUUCCUUUCAGCUUGUAAGGUCUGCAAUGAAGAACCAGGCGAAGGCGUGAUCAUGGUCGGUGAUGAGCUUAAAGCCGAUUAUCAUGGGUCAACAUCAGCAGGCGUAGAGGGUAGACUGAUACGAAGGCAGGGCGAAUGGUCCGAUGGAGCUGUACGGAAAUCGUCCGAAAACCUUGAAGGCGUAAAAACCAUCACGUCACUGAGUGAUAUAGUGGAUGAAGCGAGAGAGAGAAAUGGCUAG